AUGGCAAACCAGACAGCUGUCCUCCUCAUCGACCCUUACAACGACUUCCUCCACCCAAAGGGUAAGCUGAAUCCCCGAUUGGCGGAGAGCAUUGCCGCCACGGGAACUAUUGAGCAUUUGCAAGAGUUUGUCGCUACAGCUCGUAAACACAAAAUCCCCAUUUACUACUGCCUGCAUCAGCAAACGGACAAGCACUCCUUUGAAGGCUGGUCCAUGAUGAACUGGUCACUGGAAAGUCUCGGAAAGAACUUGGUCUUCGAAAAGGGUUCGUGGGGUGCAGAGGUUUACGAGGGCUUAGGCCCCAAGCCAGAUAAUGGGGACGUCGUCGUCUCCAAGCAUUGGAACUCAAGCUCUUUCCACAAUACCGACCUGGACUAUCAACUCCGACAACGGGGAAUCCGUAACCUGGUCCUAGCUGGCCUCGUGACCAAUACAUGCGUCGAAGCGACAGCACGGUACGGAUAUGAACUUGGGUACAAUUUGACCAUGAUCUCAGACGGGACAGCUGGUUUCAGCACGGAGCAGAAGAACGCGGCCACACAGUUGAUCUGGCCAUUGUUCACUAACAGGAUCUUGACCGUCAGUGAAUGGGUUAAAAGCUUGGAGUAA